GAAUGAAUUUAGCAGGGUUUGUUCUGCCUUUUCAGUUGGUGCAGUCUGUUGAAAUUAACGCACGCCCAUCCCUGUGAUGGAAUAAGUAAGAGAGACGUUUGAGAGACGGCUCCAAGAAUAUUCGAGCUGUUCAUUUGAACUUUGUUCAUCGUUUAUUUCGUGUUUUGGAAUCGCGCCAAGCCUAUUUCUCUGAUCUUUUGUAAAUCUUAGUUUGACACCCCCGAUGAAGCCCCUUUGCUUUAUCCGGUAGAUAAUAACUGCUUUGUCGAAGGUGUUUGAGGUAGCGGCGUGCAGCUGCCUUGAAGUCCUUGCCUGUUCCCUCGUUGAUGGUUUGUCUGCUUUGUACUGAACUUUGUUGCUGACAAACAGACCCUUGACGGGGAGCGAGUUAGCGGAGUGCUGGCGUCGGGAUGGACCGCUUUUUGAACAUGAUGAAACAAGUGAAAAGAACAAGGAGGAGGAAAAGCAAGAAGUAUAGGCCGGAGGAGGAUUACCACGAGGGCUAUGAAGAUGUUUAUUAUUACGCUUCUGAACAACUGCAUAAUGAAGGACCAUAUGCCAAAUCUACAAACCAAUCAAAAGCCACAGAAGGCACUUUGGCAGUCCGAAGACAAAGUAUUGCAGAAGAAUUCAUGGGUCAAACUAUAGUAGAGUUGAUGAAAAAGGAAGGCAGCACCCUGGGUCUCACAGUAUCAGGUGGAAUAGACAAGGAAGGCAAGCCCAGAGUAUCCAAUCUACGACCUGGAGGAAUUGCUGCAAGAAGCGAUCAGUUAAAUAUUGGAGACUACAUCAAAUCUGUCAAUGGAAUCAACUUAACAAAAUUCAGGCACGAUGAAAUCAUCAGUCUCCUGAAGAAUGUUGGUGAGAGAGUGGUUCUUGAGGUGGAAUAUGAACUGCCUCCUGUUUCUGUGCAGGGCUCCGGUAUUAUCCUGAAAACUGUCGAAGUGACUUUGCACAAAGAAGGCAACACGUUCGGAUUUGUGAUCAGAGGAGGAUCUCAUGAAGACAGGAAUAGAUCUCGCCCAAUUGUAAUAACGUGUGUUAGAGCCGGGGGACCAGCAGACAGAGAAGGCACGAUAAAGGUUGGCGACAGACUUUUGAGUGUCGAUGGAAUUCGGCUUUUUGGAACAACUCAUGCAGAAGCCAUGAGCAUUCUCAAACAGUGUGGCCAGGAAGCAACGUUAAUAAUCGAAUAUGAUGUGUCUGUAAUGGAUUCUGUGGCAAAUGCUUCUGGCCCGCUGAUGGUGGAAGUGGCAAAAACCCCUGGUUCAAGCUUGGGCAUUGCUUUAACUACCUCACUAUACUGUAACAAGCAAGUGAUCGUCAUAGACAAAAUAAAGGCUGCCAGCAUCGCUGACAGAUGUGGAGCUUUACAUGUUGGAGAUCACAUCCUUUCGAUCGAUGGCACCAGCAUGGAGUAUUGCACGUUAGCUGAGGCAACGCAGCUCUUAGCCAGUACCUCCGAACAUGUAAAACUAGAGCUACUUCCAUAUCACCAAACGCGAUUUGCUUUGAAGGGACCAGAACACGUCAGGGUUCAGAGGAGCAGCAGACAACUUGCCUGGGAUACCUGUGGAAGCAACAACAGCAACUUCCUCACCUACCAGCCCUAUAACACCUACCACCCUGACCAAUGCAGGAUGGCGACCUCGAAAUGCCAGAAACAUCCUCAAAACAAUCUCCCUGCUCUGGUGUCAACGUCAUUUCCUCCUACCUCCAUGAGCGCCUACAGCCUGAGCUCCCUGAAUAUGGGGACCCUACCUCGCAACCUCUAUCCAACAAGUCCACGAGGAACUCUGAUGAGAAGGAAAUUGAAAAAGAAAGACCACAAGAGCUCUUUGUCUUUAGCCUCCAGCACGGUUGGUUCUGCCGGACAGAUUGUUCACACAGAAACUGCAGAAGUGGUUCUAACCAGUGACCCAAUCGUCGGGUUUGGAAUUCAGCUCCAGGGAGGUGUUUUUGCCACAGAGACCUUGUCUUCCCCACCACUGAUCGCAUACAUUGAACCUGACAGCCCAGCAGAAAGGUGUGGGUUGCUGCAGGUGGGAGACCGAAUUCUGACCAUCAAUGGAAUCCUGACGGAGGACAGCACGCUGGAGGAAGCCAACCAGCUCCUUCGAGAUUGUGUCAUCAACAGCAAAGUCACUCUAGAAGUAGAGUUUGAUGUUGCAGAAUCAGUUGUUCCGAGCAGUGGCACGUUUCACGUGAAGCUCCCGAAGAGAAGCGGAGUGGAGCUUGGCAUUACCAUCAGCUCACCUGCAAGCAGACGACCAGGAGAUCCUCUCAUUAUUUCUGACAUCAAAAAGGGAAGUGUUGCGCACAGGACGGGAACUUUAGAACUGGGGGACAAACUUCUCGCCAUUGACAGCGUCCGCUUGGAUAACUGCUCCGUGGAAGAUGCAAUCCAAAUCCUUCAUCAGUGCGAGGAACUUGUGAAGCUCAAGAUACGCAAAGACGAAGACAAUUCAGAUGAACAAGAGAGUUCUGGGGCAAUCAUUUACACUGUGGAGCUAAAACGUUAUGGUGGUCCAUUAGGAAUUACCAUAUCUGGCACUGAAGAACCCUUUGAUCCAAUAGUCAUCUCAAGUCUAACAAAAGGUGGAUUGGCUGAAAGGACUGGUGCCAUUCAUAUUGGAGACAGAAUCCUGGCUAUAAACAGCAGGAGCCUGAAGGGUAAACCUUUAAGUGAGGCCAUUCAUCUCCUACAGAUGGCAGGGGAAACAGUCACGCUGAAGAUUAAAAAACAGCUUGAUAAGUCCAGUCCUAAAAAAUCAUCAGUCUCAGGCCGACUGAGUGAAUUGAGCGAUGCAGAAGAUGAAAUUCCCACUGCACAAAAGCCAACCAAGCUGUGUGAGAUGUACUCAGCUACGAUACCCAGUGUGGACAGUGCGGUGGAAUCGUGGGAUGGGUCAGGCAUAGACACCAGCUAUGGAAGUCAAGUUCCAUCUGGAUAUCAAGCCUCUGGUUACAGCCUUCACGCACAUGAAUGGAAAACUGCUAAACUGACAUAUCCACCUGCCAACAGGCACCAUAACCCUUAUCACGAUAUCACACUGAGUGAUGAUGAAUGGGAAAGACCCACCACUAGUGGCCUCAAGAUUCGCAAUACCAUUUCGUCAACCGUGAGUGGUGUGAGCCAGUGGUUUCCAGAAAUAGGUGGGGAUAAUCCAUGUCUUCAAGAAAACUUAAGUUAUGUAGGUGGACAAGAUGGGUUAGAAGCAGAUCAGGAAGAAAAUUUUUGGUCCCAGGCCUUGGAAGAUUUAGAAACCUGUGGUCAAUCAGGAAUCCUGAGGGAAUUGGAGGAACCUAGCUCCUCUUUAAAGAUGGAUGCCAACCAAAAGGAUCUGAAUUUGAAAGACUUGGCUUUAUUGGCAACAAUCAUGUCCGGAAGCACACUGUGUCUGAAUGAUGAAAACAGCCUGACACACAGGCCACUGGGAAGACAAUCAAGCUUCCAAGAGAAAAAUGCUGUCAGGGCACAUUACACCCAGGUUGCCCGUAGCAACACUUUACCGUCAGAUGGCGUGAGAUCAAAGUCAUUUGCUAUUAGGAAGAUCAAGCAAGAAAUGAAAGAGAUCAUGUCACCAACACCAGUGGAGCUGCAUAAGGUAACACUAUACAAAGAUUCAGACAUUCAGGAUUUUGGAUUCAGUGUUUCAGAUGGCCUGCUGGAGAAGGGUGUAUAUGUAAACAACAUUCGCCCAAAUGGACCAGCUGCUCUUGGUGGAGUCAAGCCCUAUGACAGGUUAUUACAGGUAAACCAUAUUCGUACCAGAGACUUUGAUUGCUGCCUGGUGGUGCCAUUAAUUGCAGAUUCUGGCAAUAAACUUGAAUUGGUCAUCAGCAGAAACCCACUGGCUUCUCAGGAGGUGCUCUCUGAAGAUCAGUCUUUACAACUAGAAGAAUGGAAUGAGCUGGACGAAGUUCAUGGUUAUAGGCAACAGAAAGGAAGGCUUGGCAGUAGUGAGCUCCAAGAAAAUACCAACACAUUGUAGUG